AUGCCCAAGGCAAUUGCGAUUGUCUUCCUCCAUUCGCUAGCAGUCGCGGCGACCGGCGAUGCGGAGCCUGCGGCGGACAACAUCCUCAUGCAGAUCAUUGUUGGAAGUCCGUGGCGACGUCCACAGGCUGAUUGCGCAGGGGUUCGCACAAUCUUCGACGCUGGCUUUGGGGGCUGUGACGUGUACACUUCGAGCCGCAACAACCACCAAUUCUGCCACAGAGACUUCGACGAGGGCCAAGGCUUCUACGCCGCGCAGGUGUGCUCCGAGUGCCUCGUUUGCCGGGCGCUGACCCAGGAUGGCGAGAAGGCGGCCGAAGUGUCGGCGGUCGAGCAGGCGGUGAAGCUGAAGCGCGACGCCGAGCUGGAGAAGGCCGAGGCGAAGGAGAACAAGGCGGAGGCCGAGCACGAGGCCACGGAAAAGGCCUGGCAAGAGAAGACGGAAAAGAAGGAACGCAAAGCGGAGGAGGAGGAGGAGGAGGAGGAGGAGGAGGAGGAGGAGGAGGAGGAGAAGAACAAGGCUCUCCAGCAGGCCACGGAGGCAGAGAACAGGGCCCAGGAGGCCAAGCGCAGGGCCGAGGAGGGCAAGCGCGAGGCGGAGGCCGCGGCCGUGCGCCGGGCGCAGGCUGAUGCCGCUAAGCGGCAGGCGGAGGAGGCCGAGCGCAAGGCCGGGGCCGAGCAGCGCAAGGUCGAGGCCGAGCGGAAGGCGGAGGCCGAGCGCAAGGCCGAGGCCGAGCGCAAGGCCGAGGCCGAGCGCAAGGUUGAGGACGAGCGUAAGGCGGAGGCCGAUCGCAAGGCGGAGGCCAAUGCCAAGCGCAAGGCGGAGGCCGAGCGCAAGGCGCAGGCCAAGGCAGCGGCCGAGACCGCGGAGCAGGCCGAGCGCAAGGCUGAGGCUGAGCGCGUGGCAGAGGCGGAGCGCGCAGCAGAGGCCGAGCGUAAGGCGGAGGCCGAGCGCAAGGCGGAGGCCGAUGCCAAGCGCAAGGCGGACGCCGAGCGCAAGGCGGAGGCCAAUGCCAAGCGCAAGGCGGAGGCCGAGGGGAAGGCCGAGGCCGAGCGGAAGGUAGAGGCCGAGCGGCAGGCGGAGGCCAAGGCCAGGCGCAAGGUGGAGGACAUGCGCAAGGCGGAGGCCGAGGGCGUGGCCAAGAGGAAAGCCGAACAGAGGGCGGAGGCCGAGGCCAAGCGAAAGGUGGAUGACAUGCGCAAGGCGGAGGCCGAGGGGGCGGCCAAGGCGAAAGACGAACAGAGGGCGGAGGCCGAACGCAAGUCGGAGGCCAAGGCAGUGGCCGUGGCUGCGCGCGUGGCGGAGGCCGUGCGCAAGGCAGAAGCCGAGCGCAAGGCGCAGGCUAAGCGCGCAGAGGACGAGCGUAAGGCGGACGCCGAGCGCAAGGCGGAGGCCAAUGCCAAGCGCAAGGCGGAGGCCGAGGGGAAGGCCGAGGCCGAGCGGAAGGUAGAGGCCGAGCGGCAGGUGGAGGACAUGCGCAAGGCGGAGGCCGAGGCCAAGCGAAAGGUGGAUGACAUGCGCAAGGCGGAAGCCGAGGGAGCGGCCAAGGAGAAAGACGAAAAGAGGGCGGAGGCCGAGCGCAAGGCGGAGGCCAAGGCAGUGGCCGUGGCCGCGCGCGUGGCAGAGGCCGUGCGCAAGGCAGAAGCCAGGCGCAAGGCGCAGGCUAAGCGCGAAGAGGAGGAGCAUUGGGCCACGAAGGAGGAGCCAGCACGCGAGGCGAAGCUGCAAGCGGAGGCUGCGGCGGAGGAGGCCAAGAAGGAUGCUGAGUGGGCGGCUGCCGAGGAGGCCAAGUACGUGGCAUCGGAGACGCAGGCUGCGGAGGAGUCCGAACGCGCCGCACGCCAGCAGGCCCAGAAGGCCCAGAGGGCGGCGUCGGCGGCCAAGAAGCGGGCGGAGCCGGAGGAGGCUCAGCGCAAGGUCGAGGCCGAGAAGGCUGCGCAGGCGGCGCCGCAGGCGGCGGCGAAGGAGGAUGCUGCAGCGAAAGCGCCGAAGGCGGCGAAGGAAGAGCGCCCCAGAUUCGAGCCGCCCACGCUGCCAGCUGCUCGGCACUGGUGGGACGAGCAGGACACCGCGCAGAAGGAGGUUGCAAAGCCGAAGUCUGCUCGGAAGGAGUCUGCCGCACAAGCCGUCGGCGACCCCCACUUGGUGAACAUGCACGGACAGCGCUUCGACAUUCUGAGGGAGGGCAAUCACACGCUGAUCCAGAUUCCCAGGCAUACGGGACCCAGAGCGACCCUGCUGAAGGUGAACGGCGAGGCAUUGUACAUGGGCGGCGCUUGCGCGGACAUGUACUUCCAUUCCAUCUCCGUAAAGGGCAAGUGGGCAGAAGACUUAGCGUACACGCUGAGCACAGGGCAAAGUCGCAGCGAUGGCUUCGACUUCUUUGCAGACGCAGUUCACAAGAGCAAUAGCACGGAUUGGAUGCGCUUCGGCAACAAGCUGGAUCUGAAGAUUAUCUGGGGCAGGACAAUCACUGGCGUCCGCUACCUCAACAUCUUCGUCAAGCAUCUGGCCGCUGUGCAGGCCUCCGUCGGCGGUCUCCUCGGCGAGGACGACCACUCGACCGUCGCGACUGCACCGGCGGACUGCAAGCGAACGAUCUCCCUCUUGUCUAUCAGGAGCCACAUGGGCGCGGGCGUGUCGCAGGGCGACGGCACUUUCGACGAGCUGGCGCAGGUGACGCACGAUUUCGACUACCAGUGA